ACGGCACGAGCGCCGGAGAAGUAUUGAUUUGAAGCUAUCAAUUGGAUCGCGUAGCGAAGAAAGAGAAACACGAAAAAGGAGUGAAUCUGAGAGAAGCCUGCUGCGCUCUGUUGGCAGCGCGUUUCGAGUAGGAGUGCCGAGCGCGUCCGUCAUGGAUGCUCCACGUUGUGGGCCCGUGCGUCUUUCACGACCCCAGCACGAAAAGCGGCCCAAUUGUAGACUGAGAGCGCACUUUGCACUUUGUUCCCGUGCCUGCUGCGCGGGCCCCCGCUCUGGCCUGGCGCGCUAUCUUGCGUCCAAGUUCGCGCGCACGGCGUUCAAGAGGCUGAAAAGCGCCGCGAGUGAGGAGGACGCAGGGUUGUUCGGCAGAGGUAUGGCUCUCCAGUUUCCGAACAAGUUCGACGGCCCUUGCUCGACCGAGCUGGAUGAUUUGGAUUUCUGUGCCGAGAUGGCUCCGCUCAAUCAUCCUCGAAGACGGCGGCGGCUCCGCUCAUACUCGAAGACAGCGAGCGGCCCGGCCCCCCCCGGCCGGCCUAGCUGGGCCCCCCCCGGGCCUGCGUUCGUUGCGCCUCGUGCUUCGUAUCCCCCGCCGUGACGCCCGUCUUUCCCCCUGUGCAGCAACCCGGCCCAGUUGGCAGGGAAGCACUUAAACUUAUCGGGAAAGCCCGAGCACGCCGCGGCAGCCGGGGGCGGCGCCGGUUGCUUGGGCUACUGUCUGGCUAAGCCGCCGGGCCCGGGGCUCGUCUGCUGCUGGAUAUUCCUGGCGCGCCCCAUAAUGCGUUGGGGGAAUUCGGUGCCAGUGCAUGUGCCGCCACUGUGGGACCGCGCGUCGCACGGGUGGCCGGCGCCGUCCGCAGUGAGGAGGGCGGGCUGUCAAUGCAUUAUAUAUGAUUAAGUAUUCAAGCGCGUGCACCGUUGCCCUCGUCCUCAGUCAGAGCUAG